AUGUCAGUUUGGAAUCAUCUUGUGUGCAAAUCGAUAAUGGCGUUUAUACACAAAAAAUGCCGUGUUGUUGACACCCCGUAUUUACGAAGUUCGAUACAUCGUUUCUUCGUUCCCGAUGACAAAGUUAAGUGGAGUGUGAAUUUUGCCGAAUAUGAUCCUCCCGAAUACACUGAUCCAAUUGUUUUGGGGAAACCGUGGGCGGAUCCUGAUAUCGGCACGUUCAGUCCCAAGUGGAACAACAUAGAUGGAAAAAUUAAUCGAGUAUCUUUUGUUUGUGACUAUUCCUUCGAUUAUAAAAUGCGUCCCAUUAAUCCAAUGGGACGAACGGGUAUCUCUGGGCGCGGUAUUCUUGGCAAAUGGGGUCCAAAUCAUGCCGCUGAUCCACUUGUUACGAGAUACAAUGAUCACGGAGAUUUAGAGUUUGUAGCGAUUCAAAGAGGCGAUACAGGCGAAUGGGCGAUUCCUGGCGGUAUGGUUGAUGCUGGGGAGCAAGUAUCCGAAGCUAUUAAAAGAGAAUUCACAGAAGAAGCGAUGAACGGAGUCAUCGAUUCAGAAAAAAUUGAUGAACUCUGGAAGCAAGGAAAAGAGCUUUACAAAGGUUAUGUAGAUGAUCCAAGAAAUACGGAUAAUGCUUGGAUGGAGACUGUUGUUAUCAAUUUUCAUGAUGUGAAUGAUGUUCUAAAGAAUGUUGAGCUUAAGGCCGGUGAUGACGCCAAAGACUUGCGAUGGAUUCGUGUCGACUCAAAUGAGCCUCUUUACGCUUCUCAUUCACAUUUCAUAGAAAUUCUUAAAAGUUUACGUGCUCUAAAAUUGCGAUAA